ACAUGGAAACGGCGCCAUUUUGGCUCAAUUUGGGAGCGUAGUUCACUCCUGCUUAUUACAGUACGGAAGGUUUUGUUUUAUGCGUUAUAUUAAUAAAUCGCUAUGGACAGUAAAGCAGCGUUGUUUGUUUACCUUAACAUGUGGCCAAAAACGCGGUCGUGAAGAACGGCACUUGUGUGAAAAUGCAGAAUUAGUUUUUCUGCUCUGAUGGUAACGUCACUGACGUCUCACACUGAGAGUGACAUUUGCCCGAUAACGCCUUAUAAACAUGGACGGGUCGAGCCCGAUGGUUGCAGCCGCCUCGGAUGGUGACCGGUGCGGAGACGGCGAGAAACGAGAGGAAGAGACGCCGAUGCAAGCGGCCGCGGGUGCGGUCGGGUUCAGUAUCUCGCGUCUAGACACACUGAGCGCGCUGAGACUGAACCGAACCCGACCGUCCGCUGAUAAGGACCUCCGGUAUCUGCACUUGUUAUGGAAACCCGGUGAGCUGCUGCAGGCGGGACGGAGCUCGCCGGGUAAGAUCACCCCGAGCAGGGUGAAGCGGCUGGGAAGAGUCCGGAGGAACGCGGGGCCCGUUGGGAAAGACCUGUAUGCUGUGAAGAGACUCAGAGAAGCCGCCAACAGCAGUGACAUUGACACAGUUCAAAGACUGCUGGAAGAUGGUGUUGAUCCUUGUGCCGCGGAUGACAAGGGGAGGACGGCCUUACACUUUUCUUCCUGCAAUGGAAAUGAGACUAUCGUUAAGCUAUUGCUGAGUUAUGGAGCGAACCCAAACCAGAGAGACAGCCUUGGAAACACACCUCUGCAUCUGGCUGCCUGCACCAACCAUGUGCCUGUUAUCACAACCUUACUCCGAGGAGGUGCCCGUGUUGAUGCAUUGGACCGUGCCGGCAGGACACCUCUACAUCUCGCGCGUUCAAAGCUCAACAUUUUACAGGAAGGAGAGUCGCGUAGCAUAGAAACGCUCAGAGGAGAGGUCACGCAGAUUAUUCAAAUGCUGAGGGAAUAUCUGAAUAUAAUGGGGCAGAAUGAAGAGAAAGAGAAACUAGAGCACAUCUCGAAUCGGCUACAAAACACUCGCACCAGAGAACAGGUGGACGAGGUGACCGAUUUACUGGCCAGUUUUACGUCUCUCAGCAUUCAGAUGCAGACUAUGGGAGACAGGUAGAGACGAAUGGGAGAGCGGCCAGAGAACUAUAAGGAUGAUGAGGGUUUGGCUAAGAAAAGCUAUUUAAAAAUGACAUGCCUAUAUAAAGCACAGCUGCAUAAUUCUGGCGAUUUAAAUCCAUGUUUCACUGAGAAAUACUUGUAUUUUAUUUUUUGUUCUUCGUUCCUGUUACUUAUGCCUUUAUUGUAGCCAAUUUUGUCGCCGUUUACUGUAAACGCAUUUUGUAAGUGACCAAAAAACUGCCAAAUAAAAGAUGCCAUUGUUGUAAAA